CUAGCACUUCAUCACCAAAGAACAGACCAGUAUAUCGCUUAAGACAGCAUGGUCGAAAUCAACACCAUCAAGAACAAGCUCAAAAGGGAGGAGCUUUUUCAGAAGCAAAAGGCUGCCAAGGCAAAGCAAAAGAGGGACCGUCGUACAGCACUGCAAAAGGAGGAGGCAUCCAAUCCUGAGAAGAAGGAGAAACGUCUGGCCGAGAAUGUCCCUAAUACACUCGAAAAUACUAGAGAAUUUGAUGAGACCAUUGUCGAGGAGGACGCAGAGGUAGCUGCCGACGAAGCAACGGACGAGUUUUCACGGUACUUCCAGAACGGAGUUCCACCGAAGCUUUUAAUUACUACUAGCAAGGGACCAAGCGCUUCCGUGUAUGAGUUCGCCACAGAACUCAUCGAUAUAUUCCCCAACAGCCAUUUUGUGAAACGCAAACCCCAAUUUGAGAUGAAGCACAUCAUCGAGUUUUCAAAAAACCGCGACUUCACUGAUAUCAUGGUCAUCAAUGAAGACAGGAAAGAGCCUAAUGCAUUGACGCUGAUUCACUUACCUGAUGGACCCACCGCACAUUUUAAGCUGAGCUCAAUCUCGCUUAGCAAGGAUAUUGAGGGACAUGGGCGCACUUCCUCGCACAAACCGGAACUGAUUCUCAACAACUUUAGCACCCGUCUAGGCCACACAAUCGGAAGGAUGUUCACCGCGCUCUUCCCUCAUGUACCAGAGUUCCAGGGACGGCAGGUCGCCACACUGCACAACCAGCGCGACUUUAUCUUUUUCCGGAGACAUCGAUAUGUCUUCAAAAACGCGAAGCGUGUCAAUUUGCAAGAGCUGGGUCCACGGUUCACACUGAAGCUGAAGUGGCUUCAGAAGGGCACAUUCGAUCGCAAGGGAGAACACGAGUGGAUGUUCAAGCCCGAGAUGGAGACGAGCCGCCGCAGAUUCUUCCUCUAGGCAGUCGAAGGCUACGACACGAAAUCGACUACCAUUUCGGCGUAGUUCGGUCAUGCAGGCCGGACAUUUAUCUUUCCACAAACAUUAUCAUAAUCAUCACCAUCAUCGUCGUAAUUACCGCUCUCUUUCGCUUUUGCAUAUUCUCAGCAUACGUACUUGUACUAUAUCUCAAAUAUAGCUUUUCUCUCAGUUCUAUUUAUCUGUCCCCUGCCUGAGUUGUUUAUCCAUAGUAUGGG